AUGCCUGCCUUGGAAUACACCCUGAUCUUCUACAUAACCCUUCUGCUUGGCUUUAUUGUUGUUGCCUCGUACCAAUCACCUAGCCUCACACUGCUCGCAAUGGGAUAUGGCAACGACCCUGUUCCUCGCGUGUCCUCAGUCAUCGAUCAGCAAUGCACUGAGCAGAUAAUUGAGUACGUAAUUGACAACGCUGUGCAAAUCCUCGACGCACUUUUCUGGCUGUGGAUCAGAUUUUACAUCAUCUGGCGAACCAUUUCCCUUUUCCUGGAUGAUAUAAUUGUCCCAGCCACCAUCCUUCUUGCCAAGAAGACCUAUGGGUAA